AUGCACUUUGGGAAGCAUCCCUAUAAACCGCAACUUCACUUAAAUGAAUGUAGUGUCCAAACACUCGAAUCAGUACACGAUUUAGGAAUUAACUACACAGGAAGCCUGAAAUUUGAAGAACAUGCAUCCUCUAUUAUUUCUAAAUCUAGACGGCUAAUUGGUUUUAUAAUGAAAAACUUUUUCACAACAGAGGGUAAACUUACUCUCUACAAAAUAUGUGUACGACCCUCCCUUGAAUACUGCUCUUUUGUCUUCUCUAAUAUGAAUAUCGCAGACAAGAUAAGAGUAGAAGAUGUUCAAAGACGUUUCACACAUCAACUACUAGGAUGUAACUCGAAUAUCGAUUACACAGACAGAUGUAAGCAUCUAUCUUUAGAACCUUUAUGGCACCGUAGGCUAAAAAACAAUUUAAUAUUUCUCUACAAAGCGACAUAUGGGCUCUCCUUUCUAACCUCCUGCCCGACUAUCACCCACGACCCAGCCUAUAGACUUAGAAACAACGCAUAUACACUACUUACCGUAAAACACCAAAAACAAAUGCGUUGUAAGUUCUUUACAGUACGGUAUAGUUUAUUGUGGAACAGGCUGCCAAUGCCUAUCCGUAACUGUGAUACGUUUACCAGAUUCAAGAAGCUAAUAACCCUAUUUCUAGACUCCAAAGAGCUUCAAUAUUUCCUUGAACUCCCGCCCACCGAUGAGGCACUUUAUUACGGACCGCCUAGUAUCUAGAAAGAACAAGAUUAUAACAAGUUCGACUGUUACUAAUACGAAUAUAACCAAAUCACAGAAUAUAUGGCUUAUCCUUUCCUAUUAUUCAUUGUUUAUUAAUCAUGACCUUAUGCUCCUAACCCUAGCUUUCAGUUCCCAAAUCUCUACAGGUUAAAUGUACAUUCUUCUUCCUAAAAGUCAUGCUUUUUUUUCUACUGCAAGUAGACAGAUAGCUCAAUCUUAUGGAUGCUGAUCUACCAAGGCCGAUCAUACAAAGCCCAAAGCCACAAAGUCUUGUGAGUUUCUCAAUGCUUUAUUUGUCUUACCCUGAAAUUUUUUUCUUCUACAAUUUUAUACCCUCUCAUAUCUUUUGAUUUGCUAUUAGCCCUUACUCCUUUUAACCAUUAGUUAUUUUCAUAGCAGUGUGGUAUACUAUAUGGACAUCUAACCCAAAAAAAAGACUUUCCAACUAUCUGAUUUGCUUGUAACAUGGACCUAGUAGAGACAUUGUAUUCCAACUAUGGGCUUUGAUUAAAGCAGUAUUCAUACUUACCACAAACGUAAGAGAGCCUAACAUCACAAAAGGAGGGAGGGUGGCGUUACUGACCAGCAAACAUGAUGGUGGAGAGAUAAAUUCAAUCCACCCAUGUCUGUAGUGCAGAACAUUUUGUUUAAUUACGGCUCCUUAUGAUUUAGUGGGAUGUCACGAACUUAUGGUAUUGAUGCUGAUUUAUCACGCAAAAUACCUCUUUAAAUCGUGUUACGAACGUUGAAUUGGUUUCACUUCCUACCCAGUAAUCCUAUUACAAGCAAACUAGACAAUUCGCGAAUAUACGAAGCCUACUCAAGACCCUAUAAUACCUGAAAAAAAUAAUAAUACGAAAAAAGGGGCUCUAAUAGCUUCGAUAAAAAAAGGAAGACAGUCAAUU